CAUGAACCUCCCCCUUGCAUUUGGCCCUGCAGAAAAAAAGAAAACACACACACACACAGUCUGAGUGAGCUGACGGAAAACGAUUUCCCAACUUCAGUGUGAAUUUCCACCAAAAGAGGAGUUAACGUCCGCGCACUGUGGAGCCGCCUGCAGCACAGAGGGGCUUCAGACUGCGUGCAACAACGCGAGCGAGUCUCAUUUUACGCGCAUUCCCUCUCCGAUCCAAGACAUUGUCCCCCAAAACGUCGCGGAAGUGAUAGUGAUACCGCACCAGGCACCCAGCUCAUCUGUGGGAUCCAGAGUCUAGUCGAGGCAAGAAGGAGAGAAAGUAGAAGCUGCAAAGGAGUUUUUGGAGGGAACAAAAUGUCAAAACCGAAUUACUCUGGCACGUUUCAUAUGGUGGAUAUGGACAAUAUGGACAGCUACCUCGCAGCUUUAGAUAUUAAUUUUGCUCUGAGGAAGAUUGUGUGUCUGCUGAAGCCCACCAAAGAGAUCACCCAUGAUCCGGUCACAGGAGACAUGAAGAUCCGCACUCUCACCACCUUCAAGAACUUCAACAUGGAUUUCACCAUUGGAAAAGAGUUCACUGAAGACCUGGGUCCAGUGGAUGGCCGUACCUGUCAGACUACAGUGAACUGGGAAGGGGAUAAGCUGAUUUGUGUACAGCGAGGCGAGAAAGAAGGAAGAGGCUGGACACACUGGCUGGAGGGCAACAAGCUGCAUUUGGAGUUGAGAGUUCAAGGUGUGGUUGCCAAGCAAGUCUUCAAGAAGGCUGAUUGAAGUAAUACAAUGUGUUUUAGUGGAUAACUUGAAAUUAUUCUUAAUAGAAUAUAGUUAAGUUACUUGGUACAAGAUUAAUGUUUAUAGUUUUGUUUUUUAAUUAUAAUCCACAUUAUUAUGAAAUAUAAUGAGACUGGAUAUGUGUUAAAAUACUGGCGUGAACAUGUUCCUAAUUGUUUCUGUCUGAUUGUACUAACUGAGAAAAGAGCAGCGGAGCAGAUUUACUUUUGUAAACAUUCCCAGAAUGCUUCUAUCGUAACAAAGUUAUAAACAAAUCAUACAUCUGUCUGGUGUCACUGCUACAUCUUUAUUCCACUAUUCUCCAACUUUAAAAUGUCAGUAGCACAUGUGAUAUUAUCUUAUUGUAUAGUUUUAUAAAUACAAAAAGUCAGUGGUCAGAAUUCAUAAUACAGUGUGAGAAGACUUUUUACAGCCUGGUUGGAACAAUAUAAGUUAAAUUAGAUAUCCUUUAAAAUAUAAUUACAAAUACGCAAUUCACAUUAAAGGAUGUGAAAAAAGUAUUUUUUUUAAUGUUUCUUAUU